AUGUGGGGAGCGCUUGCAGGCAGGGGAAGGCGUGACCUGCAUGGGAAAUGCCAGACAGCUCCAGACGCGCACACACAUAGGCGCGCACACGCUCACAAAUCUCCGGAGAGAGAUAAGGCGGACAGCGGAGCGUUUGGAAGGAGGCAAAGCGGCCCCCGCCAACCAAUGCAAUCCUCCACGCUAAACCCACCAGCAAACACUGCUGGCAGCAAAAUGAGGUACCCCCUGACCUGGUCCUUCCGUGCCUUGCUGCUCUGCAUGGCAGAUGCCAUUGAGCUGACAGACAUGUUUGGGGAGAUUCAGUCUCCCAAUUUCCCAGAUUCGUAUCCCAGUGACUCAGAAGUGACGUGGAACAUCUCUGUGCCUGACGGAUUUAAAAUCAAGCUGUACUUCAUGCAUUUUGACUUGGAGUCAUCCUACCUCUGUGAAUAUGACUACGUGAAGAUCGAAGCCGAGGACCAGGAGCUGGCAACCUUCUGUGGCAGGGAAACGACGGACACAGAGCAGGCUCCCGGCCAGCAAGUGAUCCUGUCCCCAGGGCCCUACAUGGGGCUUACAUUCAGGUCCGACUUCUCCAAUGAGGAACGUUUCACUGGCUUUGAUGCCCAUUACACUGCCAUAGAUGUGGAUGAGUGCCUGGAGAAAAGCGACGAGGAGCUGGCCUGUGACCACUAUUGCCACAACUACAUUGGCGGGUACUACUGCUCCUGCAGGUUCGGCUACAUCCUCCACUCUGACAACAGGACCUGCAAAGUGGAGUGCAGUGACAAUCUCUACACCCAGAGGAGCGGGGUGGUCACCAGUGCCGACUUCCCCAGCCCCUACCCCAAGAGCUCGGACUGUCUGUACCGCAUCGAGCUGGAGGAGGGUUUCUUCAUCACCCUGAGCUUCGAGGACAGCUUUGACGUGGAAGACCACCCCGAGGUGACCUGUCCUUAUGACUACAUCAAGAUAAAAGCUGGCCCUAGGGAGUUUGGCCCUUUCUGUGGAGAGAAGUCCCCAGGACGCAUUGAUACCCAAACAAACAGUGUGCAGAUCCUCUUCCACAGUGACAACUCAGGAGAGAACAGGGGCUGGAAACUGUCGUACACAGCCAUUGGAAACCCAUGCCCACUGGUGCAACCACCAAUCAAUGGGAAAAUUGAGCCUUCUCAAGCAAAGUACACCUUCAAAGACCAGGUUGUCGUCAGCUGCAACACUGGAUACAAAGUACUGAAGGAUAACGUGGAAAGUGACUCCUUGCAGAUCGAGUGUCUAAAGGACGGGACAUGGAGUAACAAGAUCCCUAUCUGCAAAAUUGCUGACUGCAAAGCGCCACCGGAGCUGGAGCACGGCUUUGUCACCUUCUCCUCCAGGAACAACCUCACCACCUACCGAGCAGCCAUCCAGUACCACUGCCAGCACCCGUACUACCACAUGGCCACCAACAGCACCGCCACUUACAUGUGUGAUGCAUCGGGGGUGUGGAGGAGUGAGGAGCUGGGAACCAAGCUGCCCUCCUGCCGACCAGUGUGCGGCCGGCCAGCUCGUCCUUUGCCUGGGAUCAUCAAGCGCAUCAUUGGUGGGCGAAAUGCAGAGCCCGGUUUCUUCCCCUGGCAGGCCCUGAUUGUGGUGGAGGACAUGUCCCGGGUGCCCAAUGACAAAUGGUUUGGCAGUGGGGCCCUGCUCUCAGACUCCUGGGUGCUGACAGCUGCCCAUGUCCUCCGGUCCCAGCGGCGAGACAAGACUGUCAUCCCUGUCUCCAAGGAGCAUGUCACUGUCUACUUGGCCCUUCAUGAUGUGAGGAACAAGAUGGAGGCUGUCAACAGGACAGUGGAGAGGAUCAUCCUCCAUGAGGAAUUUGACAUCCAGAACUACAACCACGACAUAGCUCUGGUCAAGCUGAAGGAGAAGGUGACCAUGGGGAACUAUGUCAUGCCUGUCUGUCUGCCCCAGUUUGAGCAUGAGCUGGAGGGGCCCCAUCCCAACACGCUGGGGCUGGUGGCUGGCUGGGGUAUCUCCAACCCCAACAUCACAGUGGAUGAGAUCAUCAGCUCGGGCAUGAGGACGCUGUCUGACAUCUUGCAGUAUGUCAAACUGCCAGUGGUGCUGCAUGCAGAGUGCAAGACCAGCUACGAGUCGCGGUCGGGGAACUACAGUGUGACCGAGAACAUGUUCUGUGCCGGCUACUAUGAAGGUGGGAAAGACACUUGCUUGGGAGACAGCGGGGGAGCCUUUGUCAUCCAGGACCCGGGAACCCGGAGGUGGGUGGCCCAAGGGCUGGUCUCGUGGGGUGGCCCAGAGGAGUGUGGCAGCAAGCAAGUGUACGGUGUGUACACCAAAGUCUCUAACUACGUGGACUGGGUGGAGAAGAAAACAGGCUCCUCAGAGAGGUGGACAUUUCUGGACCCAGAGCUGGAGAGAUGAGUGACUAAGCAGCCUGCUGCCGCAGCUCCCUUUCUUGUUGUUUUGUUGUUUAAUGCGCUCCAGACUCUGGUCUUUCGCAAGCAGUAGACACGAUGCUCAGCACAUGCCAGGCCUUUGCCAGCCCUCUGUGUCAUUUCUUUCAUUUGGUCCUACAUCCCUUUGCUUGAGCUCUUAGGAAAUGCUUGUUAGAAUUCUGAGGGAAGAGAGUGAAGGGCGAGAUCUCAGCCAGCGUUCUCAGCUUCUGCUGUCUAUCUCCAAGCCUCACCCGUACUCCCAGAGAGCCUCCGUCCAAGUCAGGACAAAGGCACAGUGACAGAGGCAGCAUUUCCCUGCCUGCAAAGCUUUUGGCUGUGUGCAGAGAAUUGAUCCCAGGGCUCUCCAGCUGGAUCUUCUCAUCAGACACAACUGCAGGAGCUACAGAGGCUACAGAAAACACAGGAAACCCAGCUGGGCAGGGCUGGACCACAUAGGUCCCCUAUGAAGUGGAACACCUUUUCUGUGUGAGCAGUAGUGAGAGAACCCUGGGAUAAUGGCAAACACUACUAUUUUUAGUUGCAAACAAACAUCCCUGCCUGACAUGUCAGCUGAUGUUUGCCUGGCGUCGGGGAUGUGAGAAUGCAUCUACAUUAGUCCUAAACUUCAGCCAUGGCUGGAAAGCUAAUAGCUGUCAAGAUAGCACCAACCUAAAUGGGCCACCCUUAUGCCAUCAUGUGGGGUGGGGGCCCCACAGAAAACACAAGGACAAAGAGUGAGAUUUGGACUCAGUGUCCACAAAAAUCUUCUCUGACACAGCAUCACUUUAAGUACUCUCCAGGCUCCCCCAGACUAGCUCAUGGAAUGGUUUCCAGCCACAGCAGACCUCCCAGGGAGAGUUUUCCAACACUUGAAACAGCAUCACAUCUACUGUACCUAAGCAGCGCUUAUUUUCUGCAGAAUCAUUUCAGAGAAAAUGCCCUUCACUGAGGCUUCACCUCUUCUUCAGGGGCCAGGGUAGUCCUGCAUGGCAGUGCAUUCAUUCUUGCAAGAACCUAGCCCCUUUUCACUGCUUUUAAGGCCAUUGAUUCAGAUGAUUUACAGGUUACUGAUGGUGUUCAGUGCCUUUUCAUGGCUCUUCUGGCCUAUUGCAGGUCUUCAAGUCAUUCUAGAUUGAGUCCAACUCACUUAACACACCAGAAGUAUUCUUAUCUUCCCAGCCUUCUUCCAUGGUCCAUGCAGACAAGUAAGCUCCACCAAGGAACAAAGUCAGGUGAGCUUACCUUCCUUCAGCAGGGACAUCAUCUCCUUCACUUGCCAGAAAAGUCCUCUUACAACUGUAAGCAACACGCAAAAAUUGCCUGCUGUCCUUUCUGUGUGCCUGUAGCUUCUUUGGGUCCUGUCCUCUUCUUCUUCCUCCACUGGUUUUGCCAUGCAAGGAAGGAGUCAACAGUGAAAGAGACACUCUGUCAUUUUCUUAUCAUCCAAAAAGCUAUUUGUAGAGCAUGUAGAGAAGCAGAAGACCUAAGGAAGGUCAACCUUGCAGACACGCUAAGAAAUGUACUCUUGGCUAUGUCAUGUAACUGCAAAGUAUUUUUUAAUAUA